UGCAGCUGCCGGGCCGGCUCCUCCCCCCGCCUCUCCCCGUCCUCCCCCUCCUCUCCUCCCGUGUAGGGAUCUGUAUGUGAUCGGGGACCGGCCGCACAUCCAGCGCUCGGCAGGCCGGAGGGAGUGUGAGCAGCGGCCCGGGACAGAAAGAAGACCUGCACAACGUUAAAGAAAGCACAAUGGAGUUUUACGAGCAUUUUCUUAUCCUGGUCCCACUGGUGGUCAUCCUGGUCAGCGUCCUCUUCUUCUGCCUCUUCAUGAAAGAGACUUCUUACGACGAGGUUCUUGCAAAACAGAAGAAGGACCUGAAACUUCCCCCCGCCAAGAUAGACAAAAAGAAAACGGACAAAAAAAAGAACAAGAAAAAAGAAACCCAAAACGGGAACCUUCACGAGUCCGACUCCGAAGCGGCUAUACGGGACUUUGACCUGGGAGACGCUUUGUCCAGCGAAGAAGAACACGUUGUCCCCACUUCUGUCAUCCCGGCGGAGAACUCUACCAAUGUAAGAGAGCGGAAGAAGAAGGACAAGAAGCAGGCUAAGCCGGCGGUGGAUGAGCAUGUCAACAAAGAAGUCAAUGGGACGAAGACUCCCGUGAAGAAACCGGAACCGGUGCCUGUAACCAAGCAGCCGACGCCGCCACCACCACCACCGCCUACUGAUACUACUGCACCCAAGAAAAAGCAGGGGCAGAAAAAGCAGAAGAACGGACAAGAUGACGUCCCCAUCUCUCCAGAGCCAAAAGCUGAACAAGUGGUGCCUUCUAAGAAGCCGGAAUCUGUCAUCCCCUUGGCUGAGGUGAAGCCUCAGGAAUCUCAAUCUGGAUCUGGGAAGAAGACUGCACCAAAAAAGAGGCAGAAAGUAGAAAGUGUUCCGCCUUUGGUAGAUGAGCCGCUGAUUCAGAAAGCCGUAUACAUCCCCCUGAUGGACAACUCGGAGCCGCCAGUGAUGGAGAAGAAGGAUGUAGCCAGCUUGCAGAAAGCGUCAGUUCCCGAGGUAGUUCAGAAGAGUGGGGGCAAGAAAGGGAAGAAUGUUGCAGAGAAAGUUGAGCGCAAAGAAAAUGCAGAGGUGAAGUUUAAAGAUUUAGUGUCGACCAUGAAGAACCUGAUUUUCUCAGAUGAUGAGGCCAUGUCCGUGGUGGACAUGCUGAAAGUUAAGUCCAGUUCUGUGCAGGCCAUGGUCAACAAGGCAAAUAAGGGAGAUUCUGCCGCAUUACUUCAGUUACAGGAAAAGGAAAAGUUGCUUUCUGUUGUUAGAGAUGAAGCCGCAUUGAUGAAGGACCAGUGCCGGCAACUCUCACAGGAACUGGUAGCAGAAAAGCAAAAAUCCAACUUGGUGGAAGCCAAAGCAAGAGAACGUAUCGGCCUGCUGGAGAAAGACCAUGCUACUCUCCAAUCCAAGAUCCAUACCAGUUAUCAGGAAGCUCAAAAUAUGCAGCUCAAGUUUCAGAAGGUCCACGAGCAGCUGGAGGGUCAAAUUGCCCACCUGAAGCAGGAGAACGGAAUAUUAAGAGAUGCUGUGAGCUCGGCCACCAACCAGAUGGAAAGCAAGCAAUCUAAUGAGCUUAUUAAGCUUCGUCAGGACUAUGCCCGGCUCGUCAAAGAACUGAAUGAUAAGAACAGUAGCUUGGCACAAGAGGAGCUGCAGAAGAAGAACCACGAGCAGACAAUCGGUGGACUGAAGGCUCAGAUACAAGAGUCAGAGAGGAGACGGGAAGAAGUGGAGAGCUACCUGAGGAAAAGGAUGUCCGAUUUAGAAAUGGGCCAGCAAGAUUUGCAGGGGAAGCUCAUGUCCAAGGAGGCUGAAGUCCAGAGCUUGCACAGCAAACUGACAGACACCAUUGUGACCAACCAGCAGCUGGAGCAGAGAAUCAUGCAGCUUAUGGAUGAAGGGCAGGGCGACAGCCUUCAGAUGCAGGUGCAGGAUUUAAUGAAGCAAAAUGAAGCCCUCAAUGUUCAAAUGCAGAAAUACCAUUCGCAGAUGCAGGCGCAGUCUUCUGCUUCAGUUUUAGUCGAUGAACUACAGAAAAAGGUUAUGGAGAAGGAAAUAGAAGUAAAACAGAUAGAAGAUUCCUUGGCUCUUGAACGGGCUAAUUUUGCAAACAGUGGAGAAGAACUCAAGGACCUUAAAAAACAUAAUGAGUCUCUGAAUAUUCAAAUACAGAAGUACAUUGCUCAAAUGCAAGUCCAGGCUUCGGCAUCCGUCAUUGCUGAACAACUACAGAAAACCAUUGAAGAAAAAGACAAGGAGAUAAGACAGGUGAAAGAUGCCGUUGCACUUGAACAGGCCAAUUUUGCCAACAGUGGAGAGGAACUAAAGACACUACAGAGAGAAAACAUAUCACUGAAGGCCGAGCUACAGAGGAUUCAGACUGACAAGAGUGAACAGUCCGCUGCUGCUCAAACUCUGAAACAAUUGGAAAAGAGCAUUGUGGACGACCAGAUCAAAGAUCUGCAGGAGAGACUUGAGGCUGAGCUUGUGAAAGUGGCCAGCACCAUCGAGGAGCAGAAGUCUCUACAAAAUCGGAAUAAUGAAUUGCAGGAACAGGUGCGGAAGCUGCAGGAACAGUCCCAAGACCAGACACCUAAAGAAGUGCUUGUUCAGAUUGAGAAGAGCGUGCAAGAAAAGGAUGAGAAAAUCAAAACCAUUGAGGAGUUGCUGGAAGCUGGACUCAUAGAGGUUGCAAAUAAAGAAGAAGAUUUGCGGUCGCUGAGGGAUGAAAAUGCGUCCUUAAGAAGGCAUCUGCAGAAUCUCGAGGCACAGCACAACGACCAGGUAGCCCUCACAUCUGUGGUUGAAGAUCUGAAAAAUGUGAUCCAUGAAAAGGACGGCCGGAUAAAGUCUGUAGAAGAUCUCCUACAGGCCGAGCAGCUAAAGGCGGACAAGGAGGGGAGGACUGUACAGGAAUUGACUAAAGAAAUAGAAGCCCUGAAGGAAGCGUUGGCAAGUAGCCGGCUUGAGAAGGCUGAACAGGUCUCUACUACUACACAAGUUCAGGAACUUCAAAACCAAUUGAAGGGCAAGGAGGAGAGCUUCAAGGUGAUGGAGGAACGGUUCAAUGAACGCCAGCAGGUGGUCCUAGAGAAGGAGAGGCAGAUUGAGGAUCUACGAAAAGAAAGUCAACAGCUGAAAAUCCAUAUUGAAGAAGCCAAGCAAAAUUACUCGCAGCAAGACUCAUCGUCAGCAGGAGUGCAAGAUCUUCAGAGAAUAGUAGAACAACAGAAUGAAAAAAUUAAGAACAUGGAAGCAGCACUUUCGGAGAGGGAAGCAAGUAUAACCAUCACAACUCAGGAAUUAACGGGUCUGAAAAAAGAAAAUGAAAUUUUGAAAAUUCAGGCCUGUGAACUACAAAAGAAGCAUGAUCAACAACUGCGGCAGGUUUCUUCAGUUGCUAAAAAUGAAGAAUUAAUAGCGUUGGUUGCAAAGAAAGACAAGUACAUAACGGAGCUGCUCGCCGAGCUAGAAGUUCAAAAAUCGGCAGUGGAGCAGCAAAGGAAGAAGAACAAUGACCUUCGGGAGAAAAACUGGAAAGCAAUGGAGGCAUUGGCAUCAACUGAAAAAAUGCUACAAGAGAGAGUCGGCAAGACCGCCAAGGAGAGACAGCAGAACACGGGGGACAAUGAGGCCCGGGAAAUCCUGCAGAAGAUCUUCCCAAAUGUGUCUGUUUCUGCUAGUUUGAGGCAUUGCGAAUGGAUCCAAGAGUUUGAGAAGGUGGCAAAAGUCUGUUUGAAUGAAAGUGGAGGCGGCGAGCAGGUUAAAGCGUUGGAGCAGAGACUGAAGGAAGGGGAGGAAAUCCAUACGUUGUUGCAGCUGGAGUGUGAGAAGUACAAAUCGGUCCUAGCGGAGACGGAAGGAAUUUUACAGAGGUUGCAGCGUAGCGUGGAAGAAGAGGAAGGGCGGUGGAAGGUGAAGCUGGAGGAGUCUCAGAACGAGCUACAAGAGGCAAAGUCAGCCAUUCAUUCAGUGGAGCAGGAGCUGGAAAAACUGAAAAGUCAGGAGUCAGAAAAUUUGUUCAAAGAGAAGGAACAUUUGGAAACAGAGCUUGAAAAGGCAGAAAAUGAGAGGUCGACUUAUGUGUCUGAAGUACGAGAGCUGAAAGAUCUGUUGACUGAGUUGCGGAGAAAGCUUGACGAUUCAUAUUCAGAGGCAGUAAGGCAGAAUGAAGAGCUGACCUUGCUGAAGACUCAACUGAAUGAAACGUUGCAGAAAUUGGAAGUGGAACAGUCUGAAAGGCAGAAAGUGGCAAGUGACUUACACGAGGCUCAGAAAUCUCUAGAUCUCAUUCAGCUAGAAAUCCUCAAAGGCAACGGUGACUUUAAUGUCAUAGAAAAUAGUGAUAUUUCCCCAGAAUUGGAUGAGCAGCAGAAGAAGGAGAAAAUAUCCUCAAGUUUAAGCCAGAGAGUGACGCAAGUACAGCAGCGCAUUCAGGCGGUGAACCAGCAGCUCACAAAGGGACAAGAACACUUUCAAAUAAUAGGAUGAAGCCACCAAGGGAUUUCUCCAUUGAGGAAGUAGUGGAAGGCAUUGUAAUAAAAAAAAAAAAUUGCCAAAAUUAAAGCCUUAUUUAUGUCUUCACCCUUUCUACUUUGUCAGAAACACUGAACAGAGCGACAUCUUUUCUAAUUCUUGUUAAACUACUGAUUUAAAACAGGACGCUAAUAAUAAAAAUAAAAAAAUUCAAUAAAAUAAAAAAAUUUACAAAAAGUGACGCUCCGCAGACAGUUUAGUUUUAUAGCAAAAUAAAACGGAAUAAAAAAACCCUAUUUGGAUAUUUAGCUCUUUACAUUCCUGAAGCUGCAGUAAAGACGUGUACGUACCUUUUUUCUCUUUUUUUUUUGUUUUAUUUUUUUUUUUGUUCAGUACAGAUUUAUUCAGAAGAUUCAUCUAUGAUAAAGCCGAUGUAUUAAAUAUAUAUCCUUUUAUUACAGACGUUGUACACUGUUUUACUUAAAAUCCACUUUGGGAGUAGAGUUGCAUCUUGAUUUGAACCUCAAAUAAAGCACUCCUUUUUUUUUU